AAAUCAGUUUUCAAUAUUCAUUAGCCGAGAAACGUCUUUUCUAGUUCUCGGGAGGAAAUACAAAAGAACAGUUCUCGUGUAAACAAUUAUCAAGAGUUCAACAUGGCUCCUGCAAACAGAGAAAAAAUCGCCGAUGAGGACCGAACCCUGCCGUACUUCCACGGAGCGCUUAUGAAUAUAGACGCCGACCAGCUUCUAGUCAACGAUGGAGAUUUCAUGGUGACCACUCGAAUUGUGGCGGAUCUCAACAAGCUUCAAUUUCACUUGGCGGUCCGUUUGAAGAAGGGUAUCCGUCGAUAUGAGAUAAAAAGGAAUCAAAACUCUGCAAAACUUGGGAAUCGGAGUGCUUCAAACAUCGGAAAGCUGAUUGACUCACUGAAGGCCGAAACAAUCGAGAUAAAAGGGGAAAAGGUGAUUUUGAAGCGGGCGAUUGCGAAGGGAAAGUUCCAGCUGAUGCAUACCGAUGUGAACUUCAAGAAGCAAAUCGGGUCAGGAGCAUACGGGACAGUUUAUAGAGGACGUCUUGUUAAGACCAAUGCAAUUGUCGCUGUGAAAAAGCUGGAUACGGAAGGAACAGACGAGGAAGGUCUGACGGAUAUGAUGAAGGAAGCAAGAGUCAUGCAGCUGUACGAUCAUCCGAAUAUUGUAAAGUUUUAUGGGUACAUUCUGGAUGAUGUUCCAUAUCUUUUGGUUCUGGAGUUUUGUAAUGGAGGAUCAGUGGAAGAUUUGUUGAGGGACAAGCCAGAGAUUAAAAUCAAUCGAAGAGUUCAAUACACUUAUAUGGCGGCUUGUGGAAUGGAUUAUCUGCAUAAGAAAAACUGUAUCCACCGGGACAUCGCCUCCCGCAAUUGCCUCAUCCAUAAUGGUGUAGUGAAGAUGGCGGAUUUUGGAAUGUGUCGCGCUACAGCCGUCUACAAAGUCGACCUUUCGAAACCUCUGAACGUUCGCUGGCUAGCUCCGGAGGUCUGGACCAACGGAGAGACUCGCUACAACACAGAUGUCUACGCGUUUGGUGUCAUGAUUUGGGAGUUCUUCAUCACCCCAUACCAAUCCCCCUACACCGAAUGGAAAGGAUAUACUGUUAAGCAAAAAGUUCGAGGUGGCUACCGGAUGCAACCGCCGGAGGGCAUGCCGAAAGACGUGGCAUCUCUGCUUGCCGAGUGCUGGAACCACGAUCCGGAGAAGAGACCGAACGCUGAGAAACUCAAGGAGAAGCUGGAGGAUCUGAAUCAGAAGUAUGAAGCCGGAGAACCGAGUCUGCUGCAGGGUUGUUAGAAGAGCUCGGAGAAGUCUGCUGCCGUUUGAGAGCACUAUGAGUCUUUGAAUAAAAUAGUUCGAUCUAAA